UAUGACAUGCGACCGUGGCGCUACUUUCUUCUGCUCUUGUCUUUUACGCACCGAAACAAAAAUAUAAUUCAGAAUGUAAACAAAAAAUAAAACUAAUUCUUAUUAUAAUAUGAAAUUAAAUUUGCUUCAAUUUACGUUUUUUCAUGAACUUGAAAUAUCCCUGCCAACAUGAAUGAACCUUUUGAUGAGGAUAUAUCAUGGAAUCUCUUUAUUCACCAAUAUUAUUGGGCCUUUGUUCUAAUUGUGGUGCUAGCAUUAUUCGUUUUGUGCCUGCUUUUAUGGUAUAUGAGACGCUGUAGAAGAGAGCCCAGAUAUGAGUAUACAGCAUUGGCAGAUGAAAACAUUUUGCAUGAUCGAUUGGAAAUGGAUCGGAAGAUGCAAAAAGAUUCCGAUAGGAACAUGUCAACUAUUCGCUGUCAAUAUUAUUUAAGAGGAUCAACUCGUUAUGUGUUUCUUCGACAUUUGCCAGACAUGGGAAGUAGGCUGGACAAAAACUGGUUUCUUGUGCGUGAUACUACCACAAGAACUGAACGCUUGCUAACAAUGACUCCAAUGGCAGAAAUUUGCCCUAUGAGGUACAAUGCUGAUACAAGGCAAGUGUUACUGGAGCUCUUCUUAGCUUUGCAGCAUCCAUAUAUUUAUCCUGUCUUAGAUAUUGAUAGAAGAAUUGUUAUGGAGCAAGAAUAUGUUAUUGCAGUUAUACCCUUUAAUGAUGAGGGCACAUUAAAAGAUGUUAUACAUCAAAGUCAUUGUCAGGAUGACUUUAAAGAUAAAUAUCAUUUUCAAGGUUGUGGUCUCAGUUCUGCUCAAAUUCAGAGACUUGGUUGCCAGGUGCUUGAGGGUUUAUUGUUCCUCAAAGAUCAAAGAUUCCCACCUUUUUUGCAUUUACAUUCCGGAAAUAUCAUAAUUCAAAAUGGAGUCGCUAGAAUAUCUGGAUUAGAGAAUACUCUCUUUGGCUAUACUUCUCGCACUCAUUUAUUUAUCCCCAAAAGACUUUAUGAAAAUAAAGAAGCUGUAGAAGUGUUAUGUUUUGGUCAUCUUCUGUUUGAAAUGGCUACUGGUUAUGAACUUACUUCAUCUCAUCCUUCUGAAAAGAAUUAUAUGGAUUUAGAGGACAAACCUUUAGUUGUAGAUGUACUGAAAUACAUUUUUGAGCAGGGUCGUUAUCGGUUUCCUUCUUUGCAACAAGUUGCAAGUUUAGAUUUCUUUCGUCAUAUUGAUUUGCGAGAAUUGCGAUCCUUGAUGCCUGCGGCUUCUAUCAAGGCAAAAAUAAGCCCUGCCGCAAAGUCCCUCUUGAAAGAAGUGAAAAGGCAUCAGAGGUCAAGGAGACAGGAUAAGCGCUCCCAAUCAAAUAAUGCUGUAGAAACAGAAUCUGUUGAUGGUAGAGAAAGCAGGAGUUCUGGAGCUAGUAACCGAUCUUCUAAAAGGAAAAAGAAACGAACCCAUACUUCUAACGAGACAACACCUGAUGAUGCAGUGGAAGGAACCAUUUUACAAACUUUACCUCUUUCAAGGAUCGAAGGCUCCCUUCCUACAGCAGGUUCACGAUCCGAUUCAUUGGAUUACUUCACCCCUCCUACCACCCCAUUAGGUGCACCGAAAUCUCAAUCUCAGACUCACGAAGAAGCUAGGACUCGUGCCCAGUUAUUGCAAGAAAUACAAAAAGGUUGCAGGUUGAAACGUACCAACUGGUUCCCUGAUCCAGAAGUUUAGUUUUGCACCCACAAAAAAUGCAUCAGGAUGUUUUUAUGGGUUUAUUUUUCAAGAAAUUAGUCACAGAAUACUUGGCAAUCACCAUUAGCAGAUGGCUUUUCUGAUAACCAGAGCUUUUGCAGCAAGUUGCAGUUUUCCGUUAGAAGAUAGGUGACACUUACAUAUCGAGGAUAUCUAGUACCCUAUAGGAAGAUAAAUAUAUAAUGCUGUUUAUAUUUGUGAAAAAUAAUUUUAAGGAUAUUAAAUAGCAUUUAAUUUAAUAAAUUUAUAGUAAAACUUAUUAUUUAAAAGCAUAUAUAUCAUUUCUGAUUAUCCAAUCGAAAUUCUGAAGAGAAAAAAUGAAAAUUUUGUAGAUAUUAAGGUUAAGCAGUUUUAAUUUCAAAGAACUUUGACCUUUUUGAGUUUGCCAGGAAAAUAUUCCGUAUAAUUUCGCCCAGAAUUUUAACUAGAAUUUAUUUUUAUAAAAUUCAAAUUAUUAAUAUAUAUUUUUCAUUUGAAAAAAUUUUAUUAUCAAUCAUGUUAUUUUGCAGAUUACAGUAAAGACUCUUAGAAAAAUAAUAACUAAUCUUUAUUUAAUUUGUUUGGUAUGUUUUAAGGAAACAAUGGACAUUCAAAACAUAAAAGUGCAAUUUUUAUUCCAUUCUUUUCAAAUUUUAAUGUAAUAUUGGUAGCAUUAGUAUAAGUCUAUGUACAGUCCUCGAAAUAAAAAACGGACCAGUUUCUGAAAUAUUCUUUAGUUUGAAAAUGUUUGCAGUACAAAAUUCCAUUACAAGUUUAAAUUUUUAAAAUUUUAUUAAAGGAUUUUUUAAUAAUUGUAUGUGAACUUAGUUCACCUUUCUGCUUACUUAACUUGUAACAUAAAAUAAAUGCGUUUUUUGAGGUCAAAAAGCUUUAAUGGAAUAAAUUGUUACAGAAUUCGAAAUUGAAUGUUUAGGGAACCUGGAAUUUUUACUAAAUGUAGUUGCGUAUUUCGGCACACUUUCCUGAUCAAAAUUUUUAUUUCUAUUUUAAUGAAAACAAAAAAAAUAAAUAAUUUAAAGCUGUUCGUUGCUUACUAGUUUGCCAUGCAUUUUUGUGUCCUGUUUUAGCAUGUUUGUGUCUACGAAUAAGUUUUAGAUGCAUAAUUUCAUUCUUUUUUAAAUAAUUAUGCUUAUCAUUUAGUUUUAUUUGUAUUAUGUUCUCAUUUUUAGAAACAUUUGUUGCUUUUAUAAUUCAUUUCAAGAGAAUUCAUUAGUAUUUUUUAUUAUUCAUUCUAAAAAAAAAGAAUAAUUUUUUAAUGGAAAUUAUUAAUUAUCCAGUCUUUUUACAUAGAAUUAUGAGAUUUCAAUUAUUCGGAAAUUUAAUGCUUGUAUAUUAUAAAAAUUGAGUUUGGGGGAAAAGGAACCUAUGUUUAAUUUGGGAAAAAAUCAUGAGCAUAUGUUGUAAGGCUAAUAGGCCAUAAGUUCUGUUUUUCCUAAAAAAACUCAAUAAAUAUGUUCUUAUUAAACUUAAAAAA